CACCCGGAAGCGGUGUCGGGCCUCGGCCCCGAGAAAGACGGGCUCUCCCCGCUCCCCUGCACCCGGGGCUCCGCUCUUCCCCGGCGUGAGGCCCAGGCCGAGGCCGGGGCGCGGGGAGGGCCCUGCCGGCCCGCGGGGCGCCAGGCCUCUUUUCCUGUCGCGGCCCGCCGGGCCCCGUGACCCUCACAUGCCUUUCCGCCCAGUCCACGCUCUGGGCGCCGGGCCCUGCGAGUGGGCUGAACUGAACGGACCCCUCUUUUGCAGCUCCCGCCCCUCCCCGGCCCCUUCUUAAUUGACCUCACACUGCUUACCCCCGCGCUUGCUUCCUGGCUGCCUACGGCAUCGGCUUUAACCGGGGUAGUAGACCCUGGGCGCUGAGUCUACGGGGAGGGUUUGCAGAAAGGACGUUAUGCACUUCCGAAAUUAUAAACUGCACUGAGAGACAGGCACCAUGACUCCCAUGAGGACCCAGCACUCGCUGGCCGGGCAGACCUACGCAGUGCUCCUCAUCCAGCCGGACCUGAGGCGAGAGGAGGCCAUCCAGCAGGCGGCGGAUGCCCUGCAGUACCUGCAGAAGGUCUCUGGAGACAUCUUUAGCAGGAUCUCCCAGCGAGUAGAGCUCAGCCGGAGGCAGCUGCAGGCCAUUGGGGAGAGGGUCUCCUUGGCCCAAGCCAAGAUCGAGAAGAUCAAGGGCAGCAAGAAGGCCAUCAAGGUGUUUUCCAGUGCCAAGUACCCAGCACCAGAGCGUCUGCAGGAGUAUGGUUCCAUCUUCGCAGGUGCCCAGGACCCUGGCCUCCAGAGACGCCCCCGCCACAGGAUCCAGAGCAAGCAUCGCCCCCUGGAUGAGUGGGCUCUGCAGGAGAAGCUGAAAUACUUCCCUGUGUGCGUGAACACCAAGCCAGAGCCUGAGGAUGAGGCCGAGGAGGGGCUUGGGGGCCUUCCCAGCAACAUCAGCUCCGUCAGCUCCUUGCUGCUGUUCAACACCACUGAGAACCUGUACAAAAAGUACGUCUUCCUGGAUCCCCUGGCUGGUGCUGUAACGAAGACCCAUGUGAUGCUGGGGGCAGAGACAGAGGAGAAGCUGUUCGAUGCACCUUUGUCCAUCAGCAAGAGGGAGCAGCUGGAGCAACAGGUUCCAGAGAACUACUUUUAUGUGCCUGACCUGGGCCAAGUGCCUGAGAUCGACGUGCCAUCCUACCUGCCCGACCUGCCAGGCAUUGCCGAUGACCUCAUGUACAGUGCUGACCUGGGCCCCGGCAUCGCCCCCUCCGCCCCGGGCACCAUUCCAGAGCUGCCCACCUUCCAUACAGAGGUGGCCGAGCCUUUCAAGCCUGACCCAGAAGACGGCAUGCUGACAGCACCGCCGCCGCCGCCGCCCCCACCCCCGCCGCCUCCCCCAGCUCCGUCCGUGGUGGUCAGCAUUCCGCCACCCCCACCCCAGACCCUGGCCUCCCCAGGCCAAGGCGCCAAGGAGGAGGACGGCAGUGGCGGCAUGUCUCCAGCCAUGGUCCAGGGAGCUCCCAAGGAAGUGGUAGACCCUUCCAGUGGCCGGGCCACUCUGCUGGAGUCCAUCCGCCAGGCUGGGGGCAUCGGCAAGGCCAAACUCCGCAGCGUCAAGGAGCGCAAGUUGGAGAAGAAGAAACAGAAGGAGCAGGAGCAAGUGAGAGCCACAAGCCAAGGCGGGGACCUGAUGUCGGAUCUCUUUAACAAGCUGCUGUUGAGGCGUAAAGGUAUCUCUGGGAAAGGACCUGCGGCAGGGACCAGCGAGGGGCCAGGAGGAGCCUUCACCCGAAUGUCAGACUCCAUACCACCUCUGCCUCCCCCACAGCAGCCACCUGGAGAGGAAGAUGAGGAUGACUGGGAAUCCUAGUUCUCCACUCCUUCUCCUAAAACCCAGAUUUCAGUUACUGCCUUCCCAUGGACAUGACCGGGAAGGGCUGCCUCUGCCGCCACUGGAGGAACAGGGAUGGUGGAGGACUGCCCCCUCCCCCCCACCCCCAGGUCUGUGCCUGGAACCUUCUUCAGGGAGGUUGAGGUGGCCAGCUUCUGAGGCCAAAUGGCUGGGAGGAGGGAAGCCCUUGCUCUCUGCCUGUGCUCUCCUCCAGCUACAGACUGAAAUAAAUACAUGGAUCAAUAAAGACAUAACUCGCAAGAACCAAGCAUAAA